AAAAAUAUUUUUAUUUUUAUUUUUAAAAAAUUUUACAUUUAAAUUAAUAACAUUUAAAAGACUAAUAUACAUGCAUAAUUAUAAAACAUUGCCUCAUAUAAUUUUAUAUUUAUUUAAAAUGAUGAAAAAAAAGGGGGAAAAAUCUCACUAUAUUCAACCAUAAUAAUUUCAUAAAAGUAUCAUCACAUUAAUUAUGACUUAUAUUAAUUAUUAAAUGCCCACUUGAUUAACUUGAAAGUACGAAACCACCCUCCAAAAAGUGUCCACUUCGGCGAGCGAGUACGGACAUCCCGCGCGACGCUCUUAUCCGCCCGAGACGACGACGAUGCCGCCCCGAAAUAUCGGUUGAGGAGACGGAGACGCCAGCACCUGCGACUCAAUACCGAGGCUGUCGUCCACGUGUCACGUUCUGGACCCUCCACGACACUCACCGUCGUUGGAAGACAGCUAUAUGGACAGCUCUCGCGGCUUAACGAUGGCGAGAUUUUCUCGCCACGUGGCGAGAUAGCCUUCAUCGGAUUGGCGGGCAUCACGUGGGCCACAUUGGCCCAAUCGGCGACACUUUCCCCCGGCCCAAAGAGGAGGCGACACCUGUUUGGCGUCGCCUCAAAACCCGCUUGCCAAAGCCACGUGGGUCUCCACCGCUCUUCAUGACGGCUACGUGUCAUCGAAUAUAGGGGUGCUAUCGACAUUUCGCUAGCGAAAACCGAAAAAAUUGCAUACUCUUCGCCUUUCUACUUGCUAUUUCUUUUGUUUUUCCUUUUUCCUGUCUUGGCUCUUCAAUGGCUUUCUUUCCUGUCGAUUUUUUUCCCUCCGAGAAAAUGCGAGAAUAUCUGGAAUUUUCACCUUCUGGGGUUGGACCGAAAUUCAAUUAGAUUUCAUUGAGUAGCUGAAAAUCACGGCUUCUGGUUUCCUUUCUUUGUUUUUCGAUUCUUUGUGAUUGUGAUCGUUACCCCUCCCCCCCUUUUUUUCUUGCGAAUUUUUUCUGCUGGAAUUCUAUCCUGAGAGAGAGAGAGAGAGAGAGAGAGAGAGAGAGAGAGAGAGAAAGAGAGAGCAAGCGUCUCGGAGUGUCUGUAAUUCGUGGGUUUUCUUCAAUGGGCGAAGCUAAUGAAGUUGGAAACCGAGAAGUGGAGCGCUUUGGCGAUUUCCAGAGAGAUCUGUUGCAAAGAUUUAUACCGGGAAGCAAUAUUCCAAGAAAAUUCGAGGAAGGAACUGGGAAUGAAGCAGAGGAGAUUGAACUGAGUCUUGGGCUUUCCAUGAACGGUCGUUUUGGUGUAGACCCCAAGGCGAACAAGCUGGCGCGCUCGUCCUCGGUGUCGGAUUUCUUCCUGAACCAGGCAAGGAACGGAGACACCGCCCGCCCGAUACCCUUAACGUGCUCGGCUCUUGUGAGGACGUGCUCUCUUCCGACGGAAACAGAUGAGGAGUGGAGGAAGAGGAAGGAGUUGCAGUCACUCAGAAGGAUGGAAGCGAAGAGAAAGCGAACCGAGAAGCAGAGGAACCUCAGGCCGCCCAAAGAUCGAGCUGCAUUCGAGGAUAAUUGGCCUAAGUUGGGCGCGUCGACUCCUCCUACGAGCUGCGGUGUCGAGCUGAAGGUCGAAAAGACAAAUGAUUUGGGGGGUGGCAGCGGCGGUGGUUUGAGGGCGGCGUCGCCCACGUCGCAUGGGUCAGCUGGAUCGCAGGGGAGUGGCUCCUCGGGUGUUUCUGAUUCCGACAGCCAAACGAUUCAAGGUAUGGACAAAAAUACUGAAGCAAAAAGCCCCACUACCAUCCAGUCUUUACCAGAGCAGACCAAGCAAAAGCUGGCAGUAACCGCAGCUGAAAAAUCUGGGAGAUGUGGUGGGGUUUCAACAGACAAUCCAUCCAAGAACCUCACAGUCGCAGAAGAGGGUUUGAAGGAAACAGCACGGAACGUGAUGAGGGAUAUGCCUUGCGUCUCUGCGAAAGGAGAUGGCCCGAACGGGAAGAGAAUAGAGGGUUUCCUUUACCGGUAUAGGAAGGGGGAGGAUGUGAGAAUAGUAUGUGUUUGCCAUGGCAGUUUCCUUUCUCCGGCCGAGUUUGUGAAGCAUGCUGGUGGUGGUGAUGUUGCACAUCCCCUAAGGCAUAUAGUUGUAAACACCUCUUCCUUCUUGUAGUGUUCCAAUCCUUUUUUAAGUGCUAAUGUGUGAAAAGGAGAAGACUGUUCUUGUUUAUUGGCCAUUUUUCUUCUUUCUCUACUGUUUUGCUGGACUGGGCACUUGUAUUGAAUUCAGUACAUUUAGUCCUUUAGAUGGAAAGCAAAGAUGAUUAUUAAGCUUGGAA